CCUCGCCGAGCUCGUCGAGCACACGCCUCACUCGCGUCUCUCUCGCGUGCCUCACCUGCUGCGCAGAGGCUGCUCGCAGCCCUCGGCAGCCGCCGACAUGGGUCGCCGGUGAGUCUGCGCGCGCAUACACGCUGCUACGGGCCACACGCCUGACACGCACGCCAGCCAACAAGCAUACUACGACGCGCUGCUGCUCAACAAGACAAAGGACGUCGUGCUCGCCACGCUGCGCGCCCUCAACGAGCGCCACUCGGUGCCCUUCGUCGAUCAGCUCUCGCGCGCACAGAGCGGCCUCUCGAGCGCCAGCGGCAGCGCGCCGUCUGGUGCGCGCUCGUCGGCGGCGGCCGGCAGCAGUCGCGAUGCGGCACGCGGGCCUGGCCAGGCCGCUGCAGAGUACAGCUUCGAGCAGUUCGUCGAGCACUUUGACGUCGACGAUAAGCUUGUGCAGCGCGUCGUCGAGACGAUGAUCAAGGAGACUGCUCUGCAGGCGCACAUCUCCCUGACGAAGAAGGCUGCAGAGCGCGCUCCGCCCGCCGCACCGCUCUCGUCGUCCAACACGAGCUCCGACGAGGAAGAAGAGCGCGCGCUGGCAGCAUGGCGCCGCCGCGGCAGCGGCAGUCUCACGCCCGAGCCUCCGCCGGCGUCAGUGGCCCGCUCGCUGGAGCUCGAGCAUCUCUCGCGCGCACGCACUACGCAGCGUCGUCUGCUGGCGGGCGAGCCCGAGGUCAACAUCUUCUCGCGCGAUGCUUCCAGCUCGACGAACAGUUCGCCAGCCGGCAGCGGCCUUCGGCGCGCCGGAGCGCAGCGCGCGUCGCUCUCGCGCUACGUGAUUCGUCGCGACCACAGCUCGAGCGACCUGCGCUCCGAGGCCGAGCGCGACGCCGAACUGACGCUGAGCCAGUCGAUCGCCUACGACUCGCGUCGCUCGUGGAACGACUACCUGACGAGCACGCUGCGCCAGGACGACAGCUCUGGCAGCAACGCCGCGGCCACUACUCGCGCCGCCGACCGCGCCGCCCGCUUCGCAGCGCCCGACGUGGGCAUCUCUGCGCGCCUCGAGGCGAUGCGUGCUUCGGUUGCCCGUCUCGAUGCCAUCGCUUCGCGUCGCUCCGCCAGUGCAGCAAGUGCUCGUGCAGCCCGUCCGGCGCCUUUCCCUGCCGCCGCGGACGGUGUGCUCCGGCGCGAGCUGACACAGGGCGUCACGCUCAGCUCGAAUGGCAGACCGGCUUCGUCGCAGCCGCUGUCGGACAUGUUCGGCAUGGAGAGGCAGCCUCGCGAUGUUCUUGCCGCUGCUGCUCCGCCUCCCGCCACCGCGGCAGCGGACGCUCCUCCUGCAGCGCCUGCCGCCCAGGCGAUCACCGCAGCUCGUGCCGACCUCGGCGGCCGGGCAGCCGGCUUCCGCGCCUAUGCCCAGGCUCGGCGCUCGCGCGUCGAAGAGGCUCCGCAGCGUCGUCAACCCCGUCGCCAGCCCGAGCUUGUCACGCCGGCUUUUUGCGUCCGUGCCCGCGUCGUGGAGAUGCAGCAAUAUCGCGAUCAGGAGGUGCGUCUGCGCGAUGCGUCUCGGCUUGGCAUUGCGCACUACGCCAAGGCCGCGGAGAUGAGCGAGGAGGAGGCGCAGGCAUUCUUCAACGCCGAGUUCGUGCGCCAGAUGCGCUACUCGCGCCGCUACAUCGUGGCGCUCUUCAACCACGCCACGCUGCUCCAGCGCGGAGAGCUCGCCGCGCGCCCCUCGAGCUGGCCCGAGGGAGCCAGUGCGUACUGGCAUCACGCGCUCAGCGAUCCGGAGGAGCUGCACACCAUGAUCUCCUGGGCGUGGAAGCACGUCGUGGCCCUCAUCGAGGCGGGCGAAGCGCUGCCGCAGAUGGCGCAUCGCUUCCUGGACUACCAGCUGGCGCUGCAGGACUGCCAGGAGUGGACCAGCCUCAAGAUUCGUAGGUUGCUUGCUCAUCCGAGCGACGCGGAGGCCCGCCACCUCGCCGAACGCUUCAACUUCGUGCCGCCGCAGCCUGCGGAAGGUGGUGACGCUGCCGCUGCUCCCGGCACGUCUGACGGCGCUCGUGCCAUCGCUGCCCUGCCGCAGCGCGCUCGCCAGAGCGUGGCCGAGCCUACGCUGCUCUAGGACGAGCCGCUGCCGCCCUGUUUAUCACUUCUCGUCGUCUCUUCGCGCCCGCAUCUCUUCUUUCCCAUCUUCCAGCCUUCAUUCUCGCGCGCCGCGUCUCCUCCCGCAUCUCGUCUCUUGUUCACGGCCAUGCCUCAUACCUCUACCUCAUCCACAUCAACUCUAGUCAUUGUCCAUCGCUUCCAUCAGUG